CUUUCCUCGCAGCACCGCCCGCCUCCGCUGCUCCGCCGGCGCCGGGGCCGGUCAGUGCCGGGGCCAGAAAUGGCCCUUGCUUUGUGGAAGAACUUUCUUCAGAUUACAUUUAAAAGGGUACUACAACAAAGAAGGUUGUCACUGUAUAAUGGUGCUCAUGGCUAUGAGGAAGAACUGAUAAAGAAGAAACUUCAGCAGUUUUCUGGUGGAUCCAUCAACCUUUCCAAAGAAGACAAUGGCAUUGCAAUACUUACUUUGAAUAAUCCAAAGUUAAUGAAUGCUUUUACAGGCACUAUGAUGGUAGAACUCCAGGAGAGGGUAACUGAACUGGAAAACUGGAAGGAUGGCAAAGGUCUUAUAAUCCAUGGUGCAGGAAACACUUUUUGCUCGGGGUCUGAUUUGAAUGUUGUCAAAGAAAUAUCCAAUUCCCAGGAUGGGAUGAAUAUGUGCAUGUUUAUGCAAAACACCUUAACCAGACUUAUGAGGUUGCCUUUGAUCAGUGUUGCACUAGUUCAAGGAAAAGCUUUUGGAGGAGGAGCAGAACUCACCACAGCAUGUGAUUUCAGGUUGAUGACGCCUGGGAGUGAAAUUCGCUUUGUCCACAAGCACAUGGGCCUGGUGCCAGGCUGGGGAGGAGGUGCCCGGCUGGUGCGGAUCGUGGGCAGCGGGGCAGCCCUGCGGCUGCUGGCCGGGGCUGCGCGGCUGGACCCCGAGAGAGCGCUCAGCCUGGGGCUCUCCGAGGAGACGCUGCCGUCCUCAGAUGGAACCAGAGCGCUGGGAGAGGCCCGGGCUUGGCUGAGUCAGCACACAGAGGGUCCGGCCACUGUCAUUCGGGCUGUGAAAAAGGUGGUGACAGCAGGAAGAGAGCUCCCACUGGAAGCUGCCCUAAGGACAGAGAAGGACAUUUUUGGAACUGUGUGGGGUGGCCCUGCCAAUUUGCAGGCAUUGGUUAGAAGACCAAAACAUAAAUGAUGGUUUAUGCAUAAGAAAUGGGCUUCACUUUUUUGCAAGCAACGCUUUCAGUAAAGCAGCCGUUAAGCUGAAUCAUUUAAGGACUUGUCCAUUUAAAGUGGCAUUAACAUUCCUGCCAUUUAGGUCAGGGAGGCAUAUUUGGUGUGCAACCACAGAGAAAUCCCAGGCAGAUUCUCUACUGUCCUAAUCACCCACUGAAUCAAGAUUAGUGAAAUUGCUAUGUAAAGGUAAAUACUGUGCUGAAAAUAGAACUAUAAUUCAUUUGGAA